AACUCUUGGCUGAGCUGGAGCCUGAACGCCACGACGCCGACGAAAGCAAUGACGAGAGACUUGAUGACCUGCGAGCCAUUGAGAUGGGUUCCGUGGAGCAGCGGCAACUCGAGAAGAGGCUUGCAAAGAUGAACGCCAUGCCUGGGACGAGCAUGGUGACAUCUGUUAAAUCACUGGCUCGCCAAAGACAAUCCUUAACACGUAGGCAUUCAUGCACGAGGCAAAAUGCGUAACAUCGAAAUCUAACUUGUAAAAUAUUCUUCAAGCUCCUACCCUCUCCAAAUUCUUUAAACGGCUUCUACAACUGCUGUGGAAUCUGCUAACCACCAACUGAAUGUGGUAUUUGCUACUGUGCUGAACGCUGGUACGACUGUUGAACUAGACCUUUUGACUUCAGAAAAACGAAUGCAUUUUCAUCCAAAGGCCACUACAUUUGCUGGGCAGUACUAAUUAUAAUUUCUCAGAUUGUGCCGCUGUGCCAUGGCUGUAUUUUUAUGACUUCAAAAUUGAUUUUUCUCUCUUCAGAUCUGAUUAUCUUCCCUAAAAAAUUGAUUUCUCAUUAGGGUAACGUAAUUGUGAUGGCUUUCCCGCCGCGCCAUAUGCAUAUCCAUCCGCCAGAUGAAGUGGGAUUGGAGGAGGCAACGUUAAUCAAAAGGGGAAGAGCGGUCAGCGCCGUGCCAGGGGAUCUAGCUGAUAUAAGGGCGUUUGCAACAUGAGCUGUAGUGCCUCAGGAGGGGCUACCGAAUUUGGUGCCCUUCUCGGAUGUGGUUUGCGACUUCACGCUUCCGUUCAGAGGUCGAGACGGCCUCGUGCAAAAGCUUGCAGAGACGAUUGACGACCUUCACAACUUUCGCAUCUAGCGGGAUUAGCAGAGAGCAGGCACUCUUCGUCACUUUGGAGGGCCUUGCUGGAGUGGGGAAGACUCGAUUUCUUUUAGAGACCAAGGAGCGUGUUGGAGAGGCACUUAAAGGUAGGGCAUCAGCAUUGCAGGAGCUUCAUCGUGUUGGAGCUACAGCAGCGGUGUACAUCACCUUCAGUGGCUCGGCUGUUGGCCAUUCAUCACCUCAUCUUCUGCAUCCGGCUUUUGUGGCAAUCUGUAAGGAGAGAGGUGGUUACCGUUCUGGCCGGGAUGCAUCACGAAGCUGUGAAAACCACCAGAACAAGUCUAUAAUCGUCUAGAAAAUAGUUUCGAA